GGAAGAGAUUUCCACACCUUUAUAAGGAAUGCUUCGUUUCCCUCUCUAACUGAUGUGGGAUCUCACACCAAUCUAAAUUUCUCUCUGACGGUGGGCAAUGAUCUCUUCGUUGAUCCUCAGCACCCCGUUUGGCUGCAGUUUUGGUAAGUCGUUCGACCUCAUUGUCGUAAGCUGUCAAAAGUAGAACUUUCUUCUUCUUCUUCUGGAUAUCAAUUACUUCAUUAACUUCAUAAACCAGUAGAUUAAAAAGACCAUGUGAAAUGAAAGGAGAUUAAUAUAUAAACUACUUCUCGUAUAUCAAAAAAUUCACAACUGUAAAAACGGUUAUCUUGAAUAGACACGACCGCCCUUUCACCCCUUUGGAACUGUCUCAGUUAUGAAAAUUUCCAAUAAAGAGAAACACACAGCCCUUCUAUGAACACUCUUCAAGCGUAUGGAUGAUCAGCAGAAACUUGCCAAUUUCUCUUCUUUACCGUCAGCACCACCCCUACCGCCUCCGCCCCCGCCACCACCACCCUCUUUUUCUGCCAAUUUCAGCCACCCCCACAUGGCGGCGCCGGUCGAUUACCCCCGAAAUCCCUGCGAACCCCAGCCCCACUCCACAGUUGCUUGGUCCAGCGGUCUCUGCGACUGCUGUAACGACGUUAGUAUCUGCUGUUUGACUUGCUGGUGUCCCUGCAUUACGUUCGGCCACAUAGCAGAGAUAGUAGACAGAGGAUCAAUAUCGUGUGGCGUUAGCAGUGCAAUUUACUUGUCAAUACUAUGCCUAACGGGGUGCUCGUGCUUGUACUCUUGCCUUUACCGCUCGAAAAUGAGGGGACAGUUCUCGUUGGAAGAGAGCCCUUGCUGUGAUUGCUGCGUCCACUGCUUGUGUGAGCAAUGUGCGCUAUGCCAACAGUAUAGGGAGCUUCAACACCAAGGCUUCGACAUGUCAUUUGGAUGGCAUGGGAAUGUGGAGAGGCAGAGAAGGAUUGCUGCUCGUGCUGCUGCGACGCCGCCGCCGCCCAGUGUGCAAGGAAUGAUUCGUUAACGCCAUGCGGGUACAAUGAAUGAGGAUAAAAAGAUGAGAGAAAGUGGGAAUUAAUGUCUGGGGAAUGAACAUAGUUGGCUGCCCAUUUGCUUCAAUGUCCUAGAUUUUGUCCCUUAUCCAUAUCUAUCCAUUUCUUUUUUAACCCAUAUACCUUCUUUUAUAUAUAUAUAUAUAUAUAAAUAUAUAUGAAGUUAUGGUCGGGUCCUAUUUGAUCCUUUUGGAGCUUGUCUUCGAUACUCAUG